AGACAUUUUAAGUCUAAUGCACCACAGUGAUGAACAGCCUCUGCAUCCACUAAAGAAAAUGGAAGUCAAGUUUCCACAUUUUCUUUUUGAAAUGGAAUUAUCUUGUUUGGAGAAGCCAAAUACUGCAGAAAAUAUACAUUUUGUCCGUGAGUGUGCGUGGAACAGAGUGCUCAACACCGCAGAAGAAUUUAACCAACUGUGUGUUCCGCUCUUUGAUGGCUCUUUCAUUGACGAAGAGAAAUACCAGUCUCUUUAUGACUGCCAGUUCUAUUUGUGCAACCUUAGCACCAUCUUAAACUGUUUGCCAAGAGAAGUAAAAGGCCUUUCUGAAGAAGACUUGACAAAUAAGCGGGUGCUAGCCGGCCACCACUUCUUAUAUUCACGAAUGGUCAUGUGGUUCCAUGACUCUGGUCUCUUUCCAGGGGGCUUAGAUGAGGGUCAGCGUUUGUCUAGACCUUUUUACAAUUACCCUCUGCUUCAGAGACACUGCACAGCUCAGCGACAGAGGCUGAUGCAUUUGUCCAGAGGAAAAUGGGAUUUGGCUGGCCUGAUGAUUGACAGGAUGGUUUCGGACUUGGGAGAGCGAGUGCAGAAUCUGUGGUGCACAGACGAAGAACAAACUGGGAAAUAUCCCCCUCCCAGUUUAGAGGCCCUGCUGCAACUCUACCUGCUAGAAGACAUUGAAGAAAUCGACAAGCACACAAUUACAAUGUACUUGCUGCUGGAUAUCGGGCAGGCCGUGCCAGAUAACAGAGAAAGACUACUGCACUCCUUCUGCGCAGCCUUUGCUAUCCCGAAGGGGUUCGUUCAGCUCAUUCAAGGGUUUUGGCUGCUGGAUCACAAUGAUUAUGAAAAUUCGCUGGUCCUGCUCUGUCACCCAGCUACAGCCAGAAGCGCGUCGUGGCUGCGUCAGAGGGCUAUUCAGUCCCUCAUGUGCCAAGGACGGCACAGGAGAGCCCUCACGUACAUACGUGUGACGAGGCCAUUGAUCACCAGCUCCAGAGAAGCGCAUCUUUACCUCUCUGUGUUCUUGUCCAACAGGUGCAUGGCAGAUGCGUGGAACCUGUUGCAGCAAUACUCCUCAGAUUACAAUAGAGAAGAGCUGCUGCUGCACAUGUUUAAAACCUGUUUGGAGAUGGGACUUGCGGAGGGCUUCCUGGAGCUGCCUUUCGCAGACACUGAGCUCAUCUAUUAUUAUUCAGGAGGCCAGUCUUACUCCUACAGAGAGUUUAAGAACAGGAUAACAGCUGCAACAAAUCCAGGGAAUGCAUCAAUAACAAUCUCCAACAUGCAGCCCUCAGACACUGGUUCCUACACCUGUGAAGUUUUCAGCCCACAGGGCGAAGCUGGUCAGAGUCAAAAAUCAGUGAUUGUCAAUGUGCUGGAUCCAAAUACUGGCAUUCUUUACAUUGGCAACUUCACCACCUUUGAAACCAGGUAUUACCGGUGCAUAGCCAGCAACGUCCUGGGGAACAGCACUUGUGAGCUGGACCUCACUGCAAAACAGAAAUGGCUCAGAAACAACCCAAUGCAGAGUAUGUUCAAGUACCCAAUGAAGAAAACAUUCCUGGGACCACCAUUCCAUCAAGCAACGCGACAAAUGAAUACCAUGGUGUUGACGAAACAGCAGCUGCUGGAACACCUGAAAAUGAUGAGAAGCAAGAAGUGGAAAAAGAAGAAAUGGCCUAGAGGUUUAAUACAGUUUUCAUUGUCAGCUUUGGACCCCCUUAUACAAAAAGCAUUGUCAUUGAAUUAACAUAGAAGCACGACUAAAACUUAAAUGGGCAUUUAUAUUGUGAACCACUGGGCUGGAGAUCAAAAAGGGUCUGUUACACAUGCACUUUGUGAAUAGCAGAACAUUUGGCCUUUAAACAAGUUUAAACAAAUUUAUUAUCUAGUUACAAUUGUACAUAAAUACAAGUAUAAAAAUACUUUCAUCCACACUUAUCCAACCUAUUUUGCAAAACUAAUUAGGAAAUGGGCUGAAGCAUCUGACAAAGAAAAAGCUUUCCAAGUCAACUCUCAGUAAUGCUGUAUAUAUCCAUACAGUUCUGAACCACAGCAUCUUCUCCAGAAACAGUGUUGGCCAACCUCAUGUUUCCUGUGCACCAAGAACAAUCAUCACGGCCAAUACAUGGCAGUUUUUAAAGGAUCUAAUUUUGUGUGUCCCAAGUAAAAAGAAGUUUCAUCCAUGUCAUCAGAGUGCAGAAAGAGAUGUUAAGACCCAGAACAAUGAAAUCUUUUGUGUCUGAACUCCUCUUAAAGCUAAAAAAAAACCAAUCCUUGAAACUUUUACCCUAUUGCUGUCUGAUAUGGAAUAUGUUUUGUUAACAAUGACCUUCUUGGCUUUGAAGUCCCCAAGGCAUCAGCAUUCCAGAGUUAUGUGUUUCAGCGGCUCUGGUUUUCAGUUCAAUGGAAUUAGUAUUCAGAUACCCAGUUCAGACAUUGAUUGACUGGCUUCAAGACAACGGGAGCUGGAAAUCUAAAUCCCUCGCAAGACUUGUUACAGUAGAGUAAUAGAUUCCUCAUGACACACAGAUACAUCUGCUUUCAAACCACAGAAGUGAAUACUGUCUACCACACAACACACUAGCUCAGAUGAUGCUUCCUCUGAGAUGAUUUGAAUCUAUUUCCAGGCAACUGCCCUACUCACUAAGCAACAAACUCAUGCUACUUUUCUGCUGCUCUCUUUAGUCCAGCGUAACUUUGACUGUUUUCUAUAGGUUAAAGCAUUGAGAGGAAGGGUGACUGGUGCACCCAUGCCAAGACCCAACAGCUCCAGUAAUGAGCACUCUCUUGGAAAGGAGAAAAGAGAAUCGAAUCAUAUACACUCUGAUCACUAGGCACCUCUUCUCUCUGGGUCUCAUUUCUAAGGUUAAGCAAACUCAGCUCUCCAAAAUGGCAGAGACAUACUUUCUGAAGAGCUCAAGGACUGCAGGGCUCCAAUAAAUACAGGCACAAAACUGCAGCAGCUACCUUCUCAACUCCAUGGAGCAGAUACUCACUGA